AAAUUGUAAAAGGAAAUUGAAGUUUUGAUAUGUAAUUUCCAUAGUCAUCAAGUGAAUAUUAUUACUCCAGAUUUCCUUUUGAACCGAUUCGUUCUCAAUUCUGACGUACUUCCAACAAUGCAAAAGGGCCGGCCCUGCCAGAGCUCGGAAAAACGUGCGCUUAAGCCUUAACGAAAUUGAUUAUUGGUCUCACAGCUCGCUAAAGGUCUAAACAUGAGUAAUUGAAGUUUCUGUUAGGUCUGUUCAGGACCACCAGCCCAUGACAAUGCAGGUGUAUUCCAGAUGGGAUCUCGAGGGGAUGCAUGAUUUCUUGGAAUGUCUUGAACCUGACAUGGCACUCAAAAUACUUACGUGUCUUGAUGAUUCAGCUGACCUCGUUCGUGCAUCUGCUGUUUCUCGAUACUGGCAGAAAGUUGUGGUCUCUAAUGGACUUUGCAAGCAGCUCUGUAUGCGAACAUUUCCUCAGCUUGGUAGCAUUACUCGUGUAGUUGAACCGAGUCAUGACAACUUGGGCAAGAGUGAACACCGAGCCUAUGCUUCUCUAUUCCGUGCCAUCACAGCAUUUCCACUGACUUUUUGCAUUGCUGAUCCCGUGAGUGCCUCGAGCACCGGUUACCCAAAAGAUAGUAUCAAGAAUACUAUAUGUCGGGGUUCUUAUUUUAAAACUAUAUGUCGGGGUUCUUAUUGGUUAAGUAGAGGAAGUGAUGAUCCAGAAACACCCGAGACACUCAUAUAUAAUUUGAGUGCUAAUUUUUGUGUUGUAACAGAAAUUAACUUGCAUCUACGGAAAGGGUGGUCUGGUUACCCGAUAUACUCAUCUAGAUUUGUGCGAUUCCGAAUGGGUCAUCCAAAAUCUGUGAAAGACUUAAAUUAUGAUUUCAUUAAGGCACAAGAAUGUGCAGAUGACAAGUUUAUCUGGACAUAUACGUCACCAGUGUUCCCUGUGGCACAGGAAAAUCUCUUACAAAAGUUCAGGUUGCCUGCGCCUGUAGUCUGUAUUGGUGGCUAUCUGCAAAUUGAGUUGUUGGGUCGGGUUUCUAAAUCAAGCGAUGACAAAUAUUAUAUAUGUGUGGCUCAAGUUGAAGCGAUAGGGCGCACAUUAUCUCCUUUAUUUAGUGUCGCGUUUUCUGAAUCAUCCGACGAUGUGCAUCUCAAGUAUGAUGCUGAGGAAUGUGGAUAUAUUCUUUCCACGUGUGGUAGUAUCAGUCGAGUACAACCUCAGCACUAGCUUGGGGAAUUUACGAGACUUUAUCCACAUGGAACAAGCACACGACGAUGGCGUGCAAUAUGAAUGGGUCGAUGCUGCUAAGUUUGUGAUGGAUGGGAAAUAUGAGAUUGAUCCAAUGUUUAUAAUCUAGGAAUAAUGUGCUUUCGUGUGUAGCAUAACAUCGUGUAUAUAUAGGUUCUUCUGGUACUACAAAAGUGCAAAUGGAUUAUCUCGAAAACUCUUACGGCUAAGAUGUAGAAAGAUGAUCUCCCAAUAACCGACCCUUGAUCCCUUUUAACUUGCCGUCAUCUACUUU